AUGAUGAGCUUCGGCGGCGCCGACGCGCUGCUGGGCGCCCCGUUCGGGUCGCUGCACGGAGGCGGCAGCCUGCACUACGCGCUGGCUCGGAAGGGCGGCGCGGGCGGAGCGCGCUCGGCCGCCGGCUCGUCGAGCGGCUUCCACUCGUGGGCGCGGACGUCCGUGAGCUCCGUGUCGGCCCCGCCGGGCCGUUUCCGCGGCGCGGCCGUCGCCUCGAGCACCGACUCGCUGGACACGCUGAGCAACGGGCCGGAGGGCGGCGUGAUGGCGGUGGCGGCGCGCAGCGAGAAGGAGCAGCUGCAGGUGCUGAACGACCGCUUCGCGGGCUACAUCGACAAGGUGCGGCAGCUCGAGGCGCACAACCGCAACCUGGAGGGCGAGGCGGCGGCGCUGCGGCAGCAGCAGGCGGGGCGCGCGGCCAUGGGCGAGCUGUACGAGCGCGAGGUGCGGGAGAUGCGCGGCGUCGUGCUGCGCCUGGGCGCCGCGCGCGGCCAGCUGCGCCUGGAGCAGGAGCACCUGCUCGAGGACAUCGCGCACGUGCGGCAGCGCCUGGACGACGAGGCCCGGCAGCGCGAGGAGGCCGAGGCGGCGGCGCGCGCGCUCGUGCGCUUUGCGCAGGAGGCCGAGGCGGCGCGCGCCGAGCUGCAGAAGAAGGUGCAGUCCCUGCAGGAGGAGUGCGGCUACCUGCGGCGCCACCACCAGGAGGAGGUGGGCGAGCUGCUCAGCCAGAUCCAGGGCUGCGGCGUCGCGCAGGCACAGGCCCAGGCCGACGCGCGCGACGCCCUCAAGUGCGACGUGACGUCCGCGCUGCGCGAGAUCCGCGCUCAGCUCGAAGGCCACACGGUGCAAAGCACGUUGCAGUCCGAGGAGUGGUUCAGAGUGAGGCUGGACCGACUGUCGGAGGCAGCCAAGGUGAACACAGAUGCCAUGCGCUCGGCACAGGAGGAGAUAAGUGAGUACCGGCGCCAGUUGCAGGCCAGGACCACCGAGCUGGAGGCACUCAAAGGCACGAAGGACUCGCUGGAGAGGCAGCGCUCUGAGCUGGAGGACCGUCAUCAAGCCGACAUCGCCUCCUACCAGGACGCUAUCCAGCAGCUGGACGCUGAGCUGAGGAACACCAAGUGGGAGAUGGCAGCCCAGCUCCGAGAGUAUCAGGACUUGCUCAAUGUCAAGAUGGCUCUGGAUAUUGAGAUUGCGGCUUACAGAAAACUCCUGGAGGGUGAAGAGUGUCGGAUUGGCUUUGGUCCCUUCUCCCUUCCAGAAGGACUCCCUAGAGUCCCUUCCACGGCCACGCACAUAAAGGUCAAAAGUGAAGAGAAGAUCAGGGUGGUAGAAAAGUCAGAGAAGGAAACGGUGAUCGUGGAGGAACAGACAGAGGAGAUACAAGUGACCGAAGAAGUGACUGAAGAAGAGGAGAAAGAGGCCAAAGAGGAGGAGGGCGAGGAGGAACAGGGAGAAGAGGAGGAAGCAGAAGAGGCUGCAUCCCCAGAGAAGGAGGACAAGUCUCCAGAGAAGGAAGAGGCUAAAUCACCAGCCAAGGCCGAGACCCCCAUGAAAGAAGAAGCAAAAUCGCCAGCUGAGGUGAAGUCCCCUGAGCAGGCCAAGUCCCCAGUGAAGGAAGAGGCUAAGUCCCCAGCAAAGGAGGAAGCCAAGUCCCCAACUGAGGUCAAAUCCCCAGAGAAGGCCAAGACCCCAGUGAAGGAAGAAGCAAAAUCUCCAUCUGAGGUCAAAUCCCCAGAGAAGGCCAAGACCCCAGUGAAGGAAGAAGCAAAAUCGCCAUCUGAGGUCAAAUCCCCAGAGAAGGCCAAGACCCCAGUGAAGGAAGAAGCAAAAUCGCCAUCUGAGGUCAAAUCCCCGGAAAAGGCCAGGUCUCCGAUGAAGGAAGAAGCUAAGUCCCCUGAGAAGGCCAAGACUCUUGAUGUGAAGUCCCCAGGAGCCAAGACCCCAGUGAAGGAGGAAGUAAGGUCCCCUGCAGACAUCAAGUCACCCGUAAAGCCCAAAAGUCCUGGCAAGGAGGAGGUCAAGUCCCCGGAGAAGGUCAAAUCUCCCGUGAAGGAGGCGGCCAAGGCUCCUGAGAAAGAGGUCUCCAAGAAGGAAGAGGCGAAGUCCCCCAUGAAGGAAGAAGAGAAACCUCAGGAGGUGAAAGUCAAAGAGCCACCAAAGAAGGCGGAGAAAGAGAAAGCUCCAGCCACACCAAAAACCGAGGAGAAGGACAGCAAGAAAGAUGAGGCGCCCAAGAAGGAGGCUCCCAGGCCCGAGGUCCAGGAGAAGCCCAAAGAACCCGUAGCCGAGGCCAAGAAGGAAGAGGCUGAGAAGAAAAAAGCAGUGACUCCCGAGAAGGAGGCUCCUGCCAAGGAGAAGGAAGAGGCGAAAGCCAAAGAGAAGACGGAGGUGGACAAGAAGGAACCAGAUGACGCCAAGGCCAAAGGACCCGGCAAAGCGGCAGAGAAGGGGCCAGAAAAGCCAAAGAAGGAAGAGACGUCGGCGGCACCCGAGAAAAAAGAUGCCAAGGAGGAGAAGGCCGCAGAGGCCAAGAAGCCCGAGGAGAAACCCAAACCAGAGGCCCAAGCCAAGGAAGAGCCGAGCAAGGAGGCCGCCGCACCCAGCAAAGCCAAGACGGAAAAGGCCGAGAAGUCCUCGAGCACAGACCACAAAGACAGCAGGCCCCCAGAGAAGGCCGCAGGAGACAAGGCCGCCAAGGGGGAGAAGUAG